AAAAGAGCUAAAGAAAAGAGGAUAAUUUUCCCUCAACUUCUGUGCUGACAGAACGGAAGAAUUUUACUUAAGCGCCGGAAUUUGCUAGCGUUUGAUUGAACAAAAUUGUUAUGAUCGUUAUUACCAGCAGAAAAGCGAACUUGGCACUCUCUCUGUUCUCCCAAGUAAAGUUCAAAUUUCCACAUUUUCAAUUGCUCGUCCCCAAGUUCGUUUGGAGUUCAGAUCGAAAAACAGCCACUGAUACAAUACCCAAUGGCAGCUAUUUUGCCAAGGAGCAAAGAUUUCUGUCUCUUUCCAAGCAAUGUUCCACCGUGAAAGACUUGAAUCAACUCCAUGCUCGUAUUAUCCAGUUAGGUUUCGAUCAGAAUCUCUUCGUUAUUGGCAAACUCAUUGAGUUUUGUGCAGUUUCGAACUAUGGCGACAUGAAUUACGCUGUUGUUGUUUUCAACGGAAUCGAAAACCCAGAUGGGUUUCUUUGGAAUACAAUGAUCAGGGGAUUUGGAAGAAUUAGUAAACUGUUAAAGGCGUUUGAGUUCUACAAGAGAAUGCUAGAGAAGGGAAUAGCAGCAGACAAUUUCACUUUUUCUUUCUUGCUGAAGAUUUCUGGGCAGUCGGGUUCAAUUAUGUUGGGAAAGCAAUUACAUGUUAAUAUCCUGAAAGUUGGCCUUGAUUCCCAUGUGUAUGUGAGGAACACGCUUAUACAUAUGUAUGGCAGGUUAAAAGAUGUCAAAAUAGCACGCAACCUGUUUGAUGAAAUGCCCAAACCAGAUUUAGUGGCUUGGAAUGCUGUAAUUGACUGUCAUGUCUCUUGUGGGAUGUACAGCGAAGCACUUGGAUUGUUUCUUCAAAUGUUGCAGAGUGGCGUAGAGCCUGAUGAAGCCACAUUGGUUGUGACGGUCUCAGCAUGUUCUGCAUUAGGUGCACUGGACUUUGGGAGGUGGGUUCAUUCCCAUGUGAAGCGUAACGAUAAAGGAAAGACUAUAGCUGUUCUCAAUUCAUUGAUCGACAUGUAUGCCAAGUGUGGAGCGGUUGAAGAUGCUCGCGAGAUGUUUAAUGCGAUGAGUGACAAGAACGUAGUAACAUGGAACACAAUGAUCAUGGGAUUAGCAACACAUGGUGAUGCAGAGGAUGCACUGACACUAUUCUCAAACAUGUUAGCAAAGAAGGUGGAGACCCCUGAUGGUGUAACUUUCUUGGGAGUAUUGUGUGCUUGUAACCAUGGAGGAAAAGUGGAGGAAGGGAGAGAGUAUUUUCAUCUAAUGACAAAACACUUCAAUAUCCAACCCACAGUUAAGCAUUAUGGAUCCAUGGUGGACAUUCUGGGACGAGCUGGAUUUGUAGAGGAAGCUUAUCAGCUGAUAAGGAGCAUGCCAAUGGAGUGCAAUGCUGUUAUAUGGAGAACGUUACUUGCAGCCUGUCGGAUGCAUGGAAAUGUUAAACUCGGGGAGAGAGUAAGGAGCCAUGUUCUGGAGAUAGAGCCAGAUCAUAGUAGUGAUUAUGUUCUUCUUGCAAAUAUGUAUGCAAGCUCUGGUCAAUGGAAUGAAAUGAUAAAGACCAGAAAAUCAAUGCAAAGAAAAGGAGUCCAGAAACCAGAGCCUGGUAAUAGUUAUUUGGAAAUUAAUCAAUUGUAAUGAUGCAGAAAGGAACGAGAGUCAUAUCGGAGU